AUGGAGUGUGAGUUUUCUGUGAGAGAGCGGUCUUUAGAGGAGGAAGCUGAGCUUCAGUGCAGCACUAAGAAGGUUAAGGAGGCAACCAUGGGUUCUGCCUUUGGGACAAACAUCUCCUAUAAGGACAAACUCGUAGGGGAGAUGCCUGGAGCUUUUGCUCAGGCUUUUAACCUCAACUCUGAGGAGACUGUAUCUGACGAGCCAAGGAUGGAUGUUGAGGGUCUCCACAGUGGGUUAUUAGCAGUGACGCUUUCCUCAGAAAUGAGGAAGCAGAUCAGGUCGAAGUGGGCUUAUGCUCUCAUAGUUAAAGUUGUUGGACGCACUGUGGGCUUUCAUUUCCUUCGAAACCGAGUUAUGAGUCUCUGGAAACCGGCGGGUAGGCUGGAUUGUGUAGACUUGGGCAAGGAUUACUUCCUCAUGAGGUUUGGACUUGUGGAGGAUUAUAACAAUGUUCUUAAUGGCGGGCCCUGGUUUAUCGGGGAACAUUUCCUAUCUUUACGGAGAUGGGAACCAAAUUUCAAACCAACCAAGGCGUCGUGCAGUCUUGUGGCUGUCUGGAUCAGACUACCUGAGCUUCCCUUUGAGUAUUAUGAGCUGGCCGCCCUGAAGGAGAUUGGAAAUGCCAUCGGUCCGGUCUUAAGGAUUGACUCAAACACAGCGUCCGAGGCGAGAGGACGGUAUGCUAGAAUCUGUAUCCAGAUCGACCUUGGCAAGCCGUUGAUAAACCAAAUCCUUUUGGAGGGGUUGGUUCAGGAGAUUCAAUAUGAAAGAGUGCGCUCUCUGUGCUUCGCAUGCGGUAGGGUAGGACAUCACAAGGACGGGUGUCCUCAGAUGAUUAAAGCUCCGACUAUGGAAGCUCAUGGGGAGGCAGAGUCUUUGAAUAUGGAAAAUGUUAGCACAGAUGAAGGUGACCAGGUUUCGCAGGAGGCGAGAAAGGCUGAUGAGGAGGGUAAGAGUGAGUUUGGGCCUUGGAUGCUUGUUAGGAAACGUAAUGUUAGGCCCAAUAAUAAGGGAAGUCGCGCUGGAUACCAUGGCCAGGACAAUAGCCCAUCUACGAACCAUGCUAUGACAUCAGGGGUCUAUGCGCAAUCCUCAAAGGCUCCGCCUGAUAGGUCUGUGCAUGAGAUGGCUCAAGGAGUAGUGGGUAGCUCGAGGAGAGAUGGAAGGGACGUUGAGGGGUCUGUGGGCAGCAGGCAGGGAGUUGUCCCAUCAGCUGGUAGGUCCGUGGGGUCUUCUCAGCCUUCCAACCAGCCAAACCGUGCUGUCACUCGACCUCCCUUGCCCCCUUUUGAGUUUGGCAGUGGAAGCUCUCCCCAAAAAAAUAAUUCGGAUGGGAAAGAGCCUUUAGUGGGGAAGGGUUCUAAGGAAAAAAUCAGAAAUUCUGAUUCGGCAGAGGCUAAACGUAGUGGCAAGCAUCAUGGAAGCAGAUCAAAAGUGCAAAUGGGGGAUCUUGAGGCAAGGAAAAGUGUUGGUUUUGUCGCCAAGGAUGCUAGCGCAAAUCAAAGCCAGUCCAACGAUGAUAUGGGGCUGGUACAGCAAAGAAGAGAUGGAGGCUUGGAAGUUCAUCUUCCCGGUGACACCAGUAAGCAUCCGAGAGGGCUCUCUGCCCUUGACAGAUCCGGCAUGGAUGGAGUGGGACCACCCUUGGUGGAUAUUUCCAUCGGACAAACCAACCAGAGCAGAGGCAAGGAUUUUCGGAUGGAGAGCUCUGUCGUCGCUAUCUCUGGAGCGAAGCUUGAACGAAUUAAGUCAGGUGGAAGACUUCAUGGAAAGGAAAAUGUGGAUUGCAGAGGCAGGGGCAGUGAGGUGUUGGGGAAACGAGAUUUCCAUGGCAGUGGUCAAGGUCGUUCCUCAAUUCUUCAAUCUGUUGGUCAGCUCUCGGGAGCAAGUAUUGGGGAUCCUGGAGCACAUGCUGGCUGUGGUGGAAGGGGUAGAAUUGCCCAGGAAACGGCUGAGGGAGAUGGGAUAGAGGUGUCUGCUCAGGUCGGAGGCUUUGAAUCUGCAUGA